AUGGGUAAAGAUAAAUCCGAAAAGCGCGACAAGAAGGAGAAGAAGGAGAAGAGAAGUGAGGUCGACGGUGUCAAGAAAUCUUCUAAGAAGGACAAGAAGGUCAAGCUUAGCGAAGAUAAUGUAGCUGCUGCCAUUGCCGAAGUUACAAAGGAGCCAGAAGUCGAAGUUGUCGAGAUGGACAUUGUGGUUGAGGAGAAGGAAGGUGCAGACGUCGAAAUCAAACCAGUAGGAGCUUUGGUUCCAUUCGCAAACCCAUUGGCCGAUGAAAAGGUCGCAAAGAAGGUGCUCAAAAGUGUUAAAAAAGCUGCCAAAAACAAAACCCUCAAGCGUGGUGUUAAGGAAGUCGUCAAAGCUCUACGUAAAUCUCCUCAAGGUGCCAGCAAUACUGUUUUCCCAGGAGUUGUCAUUCUCGCUGCAGACAUUUCGCCAAUGGAUGUCAUCUCUCACAUUCCAGUCUUGUGCGAAGAUCACAACGUACCAUACAUCUUCGUAACCAGCAGAGCCGAGUUGGGAGCAGCAGGCAACACAAAGAGGCCUACGAGUGUGGUGAUGGUCACAGAGGCGAGGUCUGGCGCAAAGAAGGCCGAGAAGAUUGAGGGUGAGGAAGAGUUCAAGGAUGUCUACAAGGAUUUGGUUAAGGUUGUGGAGAAGGAGGCCAGGAAUGUUAGAGUAUAA